GAUCACUCACCCCCAAUACAAAUCCCUCUCAAAGAUCUCACUCCCAAUUCUCUCUCCUCUCCCUCAGAAAGAAGAAACAUAGAGACAUCAAGAUCUAUCAUUUGCAGAACAAAGAGAGGAGAGAGAGAAUCGAAGAGAAGCAAAGAUGCCUCACAGAGAGAAUGCUCAGGAUGGCAACAUAACCAACAACAAUGCUGCUGUUGCCUCGGCGAUGCCGUCGCCUAAUGCUAAGCAAUCGCUGCCAGUUUCUAAGAGCUCCGAUGGGCAAUCGGUCUUGAAGAGGCUGCAGUCUGAACUGAUGUCCUUGAUGAUGUGUGGAGAUCCGGGCAUCUCGGCAUUUCCUGAAGGAGACAACAUUUUCUGCUGGAAGGGGACGAUCACAGGCAGUAAAGCCACAGUGUACGAAGGGAUGAUCUACAAACUCUCCCUUUCUUUUCCGACUGAUUACCCUUUUAAGCCCCCCAAAGUGAAGUUUGAUACUUCUUGCUUCCACCCGAACGUCGAUGUUUUCGGCAAUAUCUGCUUGGAUAUUCUUCAGGAUAAAUGGUCUUCGGCUUAUGACGUGCGAACCAUUUUACUCUCCAUUCAGAGUCUUUUGGGAGAACCGAACAAUGACUCCCCUCUGAAUGCUCAAGCAGCAGCUCUUUGGGUGAAUCAAGAAGAGUUCAGGAAAAUGGUGGAGAAGCUUUACAAGCCAGCCCAGUGAAGGAGAGGAGGAGAAGGGGGCUUUGCAUUAUUUUCUUUCUUUAUUUUUGCUAUUCAAAUAUUGUUUCAACACUUACAUCAGUCUAUGUAGUGAUGUUUUUAAUUUUUUUUUUGUAUGCUAUCUGUUAUUGCAUUCCGCAAGAAGAAGAGAUUCAAUAAUCACUGAGGGAGCUCUGUUUAUUACAGCAA